AUGCUGUCGGAGGUGCAGCCCUGCCUGCAGCUGCUCCGUAUCGGCACCGCCCCGCAGCCCAGCCCGAGGCCGGGCCAGGCCCCGGCGCCGACACUCGCCCGCGACCUCUACACAUUCCUGCCGGCCGGCCAGCGCUGCACCUUCCGCCUCGGCCGCCGGGCCGACCUCACCGACCUGUGCCUGAGUUCGGGGCGGGCCGAGGAGCUCAUCUCCCGGGUGCACGCCGAGCUGCAGGCCGAGAGGGGGGCGGCCGGGGGCGACUGGAGGGUGCACAUCGUCGACAGGAGCACCAAUGGUACAUUUGUGAAUGACAUCCGGAUUGCCAAAGGCGAGAGGACGGAGCUCUCAGACGGAGACACUGUCACGUUUGGCCACCCGGAUGCUGUGAACAUCCCGGAAGGCUCCUUGGCCGCUCAGCAGGACUCGGAGUUUUACUUCCUCUUCCAAAAGGUCCGUGUGCGCCCGGCCGACUUCGAUGCCAUCACCGCCGCCUCCUGCAAGGUGCAGAGAGCCGGCGGGUUCCGGCCGGUUUGCCUGUCCCCGCAGCGGGCCCGCAUCCGGAGCUUCACCCGGGCCCCUGCCGCCUCCCGGGCCACCUUGAUCCUGAACUCCAUCGGCAGCAUCAGCAAACUGAGGUCGCAGCUGGUGGUGCUGCACUCGGAGACCGCGGCGGGCGACCCGGGCAGAUCCCGCCCCCUGUGCCCGGCUGCCCGGCGACACCCCGCCGCCGCCGCCGCCGCCGCCACCCAGGGCGGCACCGCCCCAGCCCUGCAGGGGACGUGCGACCGGCCGGUGACCAAGCACCGGCGGAAGACCGUUCACACCGUCCUGCCGGACCUGGAGGAGGAGAUCCAGCGGUUCACGGUCGAGGUGCAGCAGAGUGCCCCGAGCCGCCGGCACUGCAAGUCCGAGUCGGAUGUGGACGCAGACCUGUACCGGCAGCUGACUCUGGGUGUCCGAGCGCUGUCACCCGAACAACAGCCCACCCUCAAGAAGCACAAGCUGGAGCCCGGUGCCCACGUCCCCCGAAAUGCAAUAGAGAAUGCACACAUCACCCCCACUGGGUAUGUCCCUGUGCACUCCUCGUGUGUCACUUGUUACCGGAGGUUGAAGGACCCAGGCUCCGGAUGA